AUGAGCUCUGGCUUUGCUAAUCGAAGGAAGCCGCGCAAGGUCGGCGGAGCCGACGAGGACAACGACGAAGGAGAGCAAGACUCUGGACCAAUUGUGAAAAGACCGGUAAACUCAAAAACGAAGCAAAAAUCCAAAUCACGCCUUUCAUUUGGAGCCGGAGAGACUUCAAUGACGGAGGAUGGUGAGGAUGAAAGCGAGGUUAUUGUCCCCAAGAAACAUGGCUUGGGUAGGCGCGUGCUUGAAAAGAACGCAUUUCAAAGAUCGAUGACUCCGUCGGGGUCGAAUAAUCAGCUUCCGCUACGAGUCGGGCCCGAUCAAGAUCGACCAAGUUACAAUGAGGACUACCUGAAUGAACUUCGAAACCAAACGGCUUCAACCCCGAAACCUCCAGCCGACGAUACGAAUGACAAUGAGGUGGAUGUGGCGGCAAAAUUUGGUGAAGUCAUGAAAGUGACUGCUCCCUCGGCGAUCCCUACCGAGGCCGAAAUCAGGGAGAAGAAAGCUCGACGGGCAAGACUAGCAAAGGAACACGACAGUCAUAGUCUCACGGAAAAGGACUAUAUUUCGCUCGAGGAGAACGCAGAGGAUGAAUGGGAAGUGGCAGAUAGGGAAGAUCACAAGGAUACGAGGCUGGAGCGAGAUGAUGAAGACUUUGCGGAAGGGUUCGACGAGUACGUUGAGGAUGGGCGCAUAUCCCUAGGGAAAAAGGCAGAACGCGAACAAAAGAAGAAGCAGCGUGAAGCAAUGCGCGAGCUUAUUGAGGAUGCUGAGGCACUUUCGGAUGAGGAAGAUUCGGACCUGGAGGAGAAAGCAGCUUAUGAAGCAGCACAAACUAGAGCUGCAGUGGGUUAUGGCAAAUACCCCGUGGAUCGACCAAAGACACCCCCAAAGAUGACAUCGCUCCCACGUCUCUCAACAUGCCUAGACCGAUUGCGGAUGAAUCUUGCCGUUCUGGAGAAAUCUAGGUCACAAAUGAUCAACCGCAUGGAGGAGCUGAGGAAGGAGAAGGCCGAUAUAUCUGUUAGAGAAGUCGAGAUCCAGGCUUUGAUAAAAGAGACUGGAGAUCACUAUGAAAAGCUCAAACAGGAAGCUGGUGUCACACCGGGAUCCGAGGUUACCACUCCCGCAACUACUGAUCUCGAGAGCUCACGAGGAUUAGAAAAUAUUGGGUCGUCCAUGAUAUCCAAGCCAAACUCGGAAAGAGGCCUCAAUUUAGCAGGUGCUACCCACCCCCGGGUCAACCCCAUCAUCACCGUGUGCGACAUCAAACCUCACCGAAGACAACUCACACUAUUUCGUGGAGGCUCCUGCCCGAUGAAUCGAACGCCCUUUUUCUCUUUGGGUCGCGGGCCACUAUCCCAGCCUGAACCUGCAGGUGAACCUACUCGGGGUUUAGCUCUGAUUGAGACACCUAUUGAUGAGAAGGAUGGGGUUCCUCCACACCUCUAUCGCCAUUCGGACGCCACUCCAAUCGAGCUAUUCUUCGAUUUGUUUUUUGUUGCGAACCUAGCUACCUUCACAGCUACACAUGAAAUCAACAAUGUAGAAGUAUUAGCUUUAGGAGCCUAUAUCGGAUUCCUCGGAGUGAUUUGGUUCAGCUGGCUCCAAGUAACAAUGUUUGAUAUCCGCUUUGCACGGGAUUCGCUUUUCGAACGACUCUGCAAGGGAAUACAACUAGCGGCUAUGGUCGGAUUUGCUUCCGCAGGCACACGGUUCACCACGCAUGUUCAAGACGAGAAUGUUUGGGCCUUCCAAUCAUUGAGCCUUAUUCUCGCCGGAAGUAGAUUCCUACUGUCUCUACAAUACACCAUUAGUACCUUGUUCAUCCGCAGGCGGAUGAGAAGCGCUGCCAAAGGACUAUGCGUUAUAGCUGCAACCCUAUGCAUUUCGAGUGCGGUCCACUUGGGAAUGUAUUUUGCCUUCGGCGACGACUCAGCUCAUCCCUACAUAUGGACUGUUUGGUUCGUCCUGUUUUGGGUUGAAAUGUGGAUAAUAAUCGCCACCUCCUGUAUUACUCCGGGCAUCGGAUUUCAGGAUACUCACCUGAACGUCCGUAUGGGACUACUUACCUUGAUUAUUAUUGGUGAAGGUGUCAUUUCUGUAACAAGACUUGUCAACAAGACAGUGCAGCCGGGCGGCUGGACCAAAUGGUCGUUUGUGCAUAUUCUAGGUGUUACUACCAACGUCUAUUUUAUUUGGCAAGAGUAUUUUGAUCUUACUCCGAGACGGGCCAUGGGUACAUUUGCGCAGCAAAUCUGGGCCCAGCUGCAUUUUCCGUUUCACGUGGUUCUCAUCCUCCUCCUGGAGGGGUCGCAGAUUCUCGCCUUGACUUUGGAUAUCACUUUGAAGCUGCAGUAUCUUACGGAGACGAUCCUGUCCGCAUGUGAAGAGCCACGACCGGAACCACGAGUUGCUAUUAGGCUACUUCGGCAGACAAUAGAGGAUAUGGAGAUUCAGUACAGCCGAGGCGCAACUGGGGAACAGAAGGCAAUUUACGACAUAUUGAACGACCUUCCAAACCAUCCAAUCUGUCCCGAAAAUGGGACAAUUGGAUUUAGACUCAUUAGCAACAUGUACAAUGAUCUGGUUGGGAACGUAACCUCCGCCCUUUUUUCUAGUAUGAGGAUUGUGCCGCCACGUACUGCACAUGUUAGCACAAUGAGUAGCCCCCAACUUCUAAGAAUGUACGUUGAACUGUUGGGAUUUGUGUAUGUGUACUUUUUUCUUGUCGCGUCACUUGCAAUGUUUCUUUUUGCGGCCUUUGGACUCCUGGCUCGACGUCAUGAUAAACCGCUGGCUCUGGGAAUCGGGGUGGCAGUUCGUGUCAUCUCCGGUGUUUUCCUGGGGUGCCUCACCAUCUUUGCUAAGCAUUUUGAGCUUGCCUAUUCGUUCAUGAAAUCACCAACUAUACUGUACGCAUUUACAUUUGUAUUAUUUGGAGUGCCUCUCCCGAGUGACAGUUAUGUUUGUUUAUGGUUAUUGAUCCUGCUUGGUGAAUGGAUGAAUCACUUUUUAUUUACCAAUGAGCUCGAGGGGGUCGCCGGCAAGCAUGUUCCUUACGGUGAGGGCUAA